GUGGUGUCCUUCUCCUUCGGCGUCUGUCAUCUGCCCGCUCGGCAUUCCCAGCCCUCAUCGAUGUUCUUUGGGAUUGGAUACUAGGAUCGAUACCUGGACGGAAUAUUCAAUUCGCACUUGCAUAUAACACGGAACCUCAGUCGAAGUCGGGAUAUCGACAGCUGGCGUAGAAGGAGCCACGGAGGAUGGCUGCGAAGAAGCACAAGAGCUACGACUCGGACGACGAGUUCGACGAUCUUGAUGAUCCGCCUGGUUUCUGGGCGGAGGCCUCUCAGCUCUCUGCCGUCUGGGAGGACUCGUUCGAUGUACCAGCUACUAGUCCCGACAAGUCAAAGGGCGCGAGUCGCAAGGCGGCUCCCCCUUCCACGGUUUCGUGCCCGCCGGCGGUGACCUCGCACAAGGCUACCCCGCCAAAGCCAGUGACCUCACAGGCGCCGUACCGCUCGAGUACGUCUCAACUGCUCAACGUAUCUGCAAGCACGCCUCUACGUACGGAUGCCGGCACCUCCGAUAGGACCAAGGCCGCCGCAAGCCCUCCUCCCACGUCGAAGCGGACGACCGUACCCGUGCCCUACCGCUCGAGCGCCUCGCAGAAGCCUAUUCCCUUCUCUCGACCGUCUCCGCGUACGGACCCCGCCGCGCCCGAGCGUACGAAGGUCGAUGCACCUGAGCGUAAACAGACCGGCACGAAUAUCACCGCCAGCGCGCCCCUGCGCGCCAGCGGAAGCACUACCUCUCAUACCGGCGGCUCGAGCGCGGCGGAGUCCGCGCAGAGCCGCCGCAUCGCGGCGAUGACUCGCUCGAUCUCGGCGUGUACGUAGUCUUCCUCGACGUUCACCUCGAACCCGGUACUGACAAUAAUAUCCUACCAGAUGCCUUCUCGCAGCCGGUUCAUGACGCGGA